GAAUUGAAUUUAUUGACUGGUUAUAUAAUGACCUUUCUUAUUUUAACAUAAGAUACGUAUUUUAGCCCUUAAUUUGGGAAAUAACUGGUACCACUGAAAGCAAAUAAAAAUAAAUGUAUAGUUUAUUCACAAAUGCACUCUAUAAACCAUAAGCAUAUUGAGUUUGGGUCUUGGCUAUCACCAACAUGCACCAGAGUACAGGAAAUCACAAAUACUAGAUAGAAAAUUGCCCCCCCCCCCCCCCCAAUUCAACUACACACCCACUUUUGGUGAAGGGUAUGACUUUCCGAAAUUUUCCCUUAUUUUGAGUUAAAAAUCUGGGAAAUAUCUCUUUUUUUCAAACCUCAAAGUUGACAGGUAUGGUAGUUAGACUGACAGAAUGGCCAUCCAGCCAAUCACAGCCAAUUCAUCAGAGGCAGAGAAGAAAGAACAAAUUCAAAUUCCACUGCUGUAUAGGCCAUGUAUCCAGGGGCGUACUUACCAUUAGGCAAACCAAGGCGGUUGCCUAGGGCCCCCAAAACUUGGGGGCCCCUAACAGUCAGCCCCAUCACGGUAAACACCAAACAAUAUAUAUAUAUAUAUAUGUGUAUAUAUAUGUAAUCUUAAUUUGUCUCUGAUAUUAAGUAGUCAAUGAUAUAAAUGGAAAAACACACCAAAAUGGCAUCAGAAUAUCGAAUUCAUGUGUAUAUAGUAUUUGUCCCAGCACACACACACACACACCCUGGUUGUUUUACAUUGGACUAGUCCAUGAUCUGACGAUGUAGACAGGUGCGCGACGGAAAUUCAAACCAAAGCAGAGGGAACCAUAAACAAGAUGAAGCGCAGUUAUGAGAGUGGUUGCGCUAAACGAAAAAAAAGGGCACAAAGCAAAAAGAAUGCAGCUGCACUUCUGAAACUAACUACAUUUUUCAAAUCACCUGAGUCUGCUACAGCCUCAACCUCCGCUGUUGACUCUGUUGAGGAAUGUGUUCGUGUGGAGGAGGUAGAAGAGGUGGAAGCUGGGACAGAGGAGACUGUGGUGGAUACUGAUGACAUUGAUGAAGAAGAUGACGACGAUUUGGUGGAUGGACAGUUACAGCAGGAAUCAACCUCAGUGAGACAGGAGGGAAUUACCAAUAAUGUUGCACAGGUUGUAUGAUUGUGGUGUCUCAGAUGAAGGCUGUGCUGCUCUGAGUUCAGCUCUGAGAUCAAACCCCUCACACCUGAGAGAACUGACUCUGUCUCAGAAUAAUCUGGAAGACUCAGGAGUGAAGCGUCUCUGUGCUGUACUGGAGAAUCCUCACUGUAAACUGGAGAUACUGGGGUUGUGGCAGUGUGGUGUCUCAGAUGAAGGCUGUGCUGCUCUGAGUUCAGCUCUGAGAUCAAACCCCUCACACCUGAGAGAACUGAAUCUCUAUGGGAAUAAAAUAGGAGACUCAGGAAAGAAGCUGCUCUCUGCUCUUAACAAUGAUAAACAUUACAAACUACAGACACUCCUGUUUUGAUGAACAUCUGUGUGUGUGAUGAAGACUCUGGUGACUACUGCAAAAAGAAAAUGUUUCUCAUGAAGCAGAGAUGCUUUGGUGGGCUUUACUUCACUUGCAGAAACACAUCAUGCGUUGUGCUUUAGGGAUCAUAUAACUCUUUAGUGAGGAAAUGUAAGAAAAAAAAAAGGCACUGGUGUUGGGGUAAAAUAAUCUUCAACAGGGUGGUGUGAAGCAGAGAGUUACUGCUAUACCCUGAUUGCUGAGUAUUUUCUUACAACAGCACAUCCCAAAGUGUUUAAAAAAAAAAAUCCUUAUCACAAUUUAUUUACAAUUGUGUUACAGAAUGACAAUUUAACCACUUACAUUUACUACUUUUGAAAUGUGAAGUUAUGUGAUGUAAUUGAGAGUUACUGUAUUGUUUGCUGUAUUUCUGUAAUAUAAAUAUACUUCUCUUAAUCAUCCUGCAGAUCUUUAAUAAAACUUCACUGCUUGCUGUGAAA